AUGGCUUUGCAGCUCUUGCAGCAGCACGGCUCAGAUCCUGGUGCCUACGCUGCGGCGAUGAAUGCGGGUGCACGCCGUGGCCAGUGGCAGAUGGGACUGAUGUUGCUGGCGCAGAUGGCCACUGCCACGGUCACGGCCGAUGAGUUCUGCUACGGCGCGGCCAUCGGCGCCUGUGAGAGGAGCCACCAGUGGCAGGUGGCCAUCCAACUCCUCGAGGAGAUGCAAAACGCCCAGGUGCCCACCUCGGUGGUUUGCGUGAACUCCGCCAUCAGCGCGUGUGAGAAGAUCCACCAGUGGCAGGUGGCAUUGCUUCUCCUCGCCAGCCUUGGCUUGGAUGCCGACCUCAUUAGCGUGAACGCGGCGCUGAGUGCGUGUGCGCGCUGUGGCUGCUGGGAGCAGGCCUUGGCGCUGCACGAUUCCGUGCGAGCGCGGCAACUUCAUCCUGAUACCAUCACGCGGAAUGCGCUCAUGACCGCUCUCGAGACGGGGUCUCAAUGGCACCGUGCUCUGGAUUUUCUGGACAGCAUCGAUGAGACGCAGCGGGAUAGCAUUACCUAUGCAACCUGCCUACGAGCGUGCACGCUUUCGCACCACUGGGCUGCAGCACUGCGCUUGCUGCGCUGCGACGGUACCGGUAGCGGCGACGGGAGCAUCAACUGGGCCACCUUCAGCACCGUGCUGCUGGUCUAUGAGUUGGGUGCCCAAUGGACUUCACUCGUCCGGCUCUUGGGGGCAGCCGAUGGUGCUCCCAGCGCGGCGCAGCUGUUGGACGCGAACGCGGCACGAAAAGGAGGGCGAGUUCCGCGGUGGAUGGAAGGGCGCUGA